UUUAGAACCAAUUUUCUUGUUAAAUGUAAAUCCACUGGAACUUUCGAUAAGGGUAUAGGGGAGUUAACUGACGCCGCAAUAGCCAUUGAUUGGCUUCAAGAACACAACCCUAGUAAUGUUCCAAUUUGGAUCGUUGGUUUUUCCUUUGGAGCAUGGGUAGCUAUGCAACUGAUAAUGCGCAGACCUGAGAUAGUAGGCUUUAUUGCUUUUUUCCUUCCAGCAACAAAGUAUGAUUUCUCUUUUCUCUCCCCCUGUCCGGUUCCUGGGCUUAUCAUACAAAGCAGUAAUGACACAAUUUCAGAAGAAAGUGAUGUAACAGAAUUAGCAAACUCGUUUACCUCAAAAUUGACAUCCAAUCAGCUG